AUAUUUUACAGAUUGGAUUAUGGAAGUGGGAAGUGAAGAAGAAAAAUGGGAGAAGCUGGAUGCUGAAUUUGAUCACUUUGUGGUUGAUAUGAAGCCCUAUGUUCUAAAAUUACCCCAUAGGACAGAACGGCAGAGGUGUGCUCUUUGGAUUAGAAAGCUGUGUGAGCCUUCAGGAACAGGUGCAGGAAUAAUGGGGAGGAAGAAUCGGAACCUGUAUGCAAAAUUGUUAUUGCAUAUGCUUAAACGGGGUGUGCUUGAAGGCCCUUUUACACACCGACCUGAACCCGGGACACUAAAAAUUCUACCUUCAUACAUGUCCAUCUAUUUUGAUGAACCAAAUCCAGCACAAGCAAAAGGUUCAAGCCCAGAGGGAUUACCAGCCUGGGUACUGGGUGAGCUGGAGACAAGUGAACGCAAAUUAAAUGAAUCAUGGAAACUUUCUUCUGGAGAAGAUAACACUUUGGUACAGUCGCCAACUGAUGUCUACAGCAGGGAACAGUACACUGGGAAGCUCCGAAUGAGAUCACAUUCUAUGAGUCCAACUCACAGAGAAGAUGGACAAAAUAUUACCCCAAAGAUUUGUGAAGUUUAUUCGAAAAAGUCUCCUGUUUCUUUGGAUGAUAGUGACAUUGAAGCUCGCCUUAAUAGUUGGAAUCUUGGGAUAGAAAAUCCUCGAUACCUGAGACAGAAGCCUAUCCCAGUUUCUCUGCAGAUGACACCGAAAUUUAGCCUGAGAAAAUCCAGCAGUUUCCAUGAUGAUCAUUUUCUCUCUCGAAUACGUGAGAAAGAGUUGGACAUGAAAACAAAAAUGAUGGAAGCUAAAUUUCAUGAAGAAAAGCUUAGGCUGCAACAGAAACAUGAUGCUGAUGUUCAGAAGAUUUUAGAAAGAAAGAAUAAUGAAAUAGAGGAACUGAAAACUUUAUACAGGAGUAAACAACAUGAAACUGAAGAGACUAUUAGAAAGCUUGAAAAGAAAGUUCAGACACUGAUACGUGACUGUCAAGUUAUCAGAGAGACUAAAGAAGACCAGAUUACAGAACUAAAAAAGAUAUGUGAACAAAGCACAGAAUCUCUAAAUAAUGACUGGGAAAAAAAGCUUCACAAUGCUGUAGCAGAAAUGGAACAGGAAAAGUUUGAUCUUCAAAAGCGACACACUGAAAACAUUCAAGAAUUGCUUGAGGAUACAAAUGUGCGUCUGAAUAAAAUGGAGAGUGAAUAUAUGGCGCAAACACAGUCCACAAACCACAUGAUCAAAGAACUGGAGGCCCGUGUCCAGCAGCUGACUGGAGAAGCAGAGAACAGUAAUUUACAGAGGCAGAAAUUAAUUCAAGAAAAAGCGGAACUUGAAAGAUGUUACCAGAUAACGUGUAGUGAAUUACAAGAAGUAAAGGCAAGGCGUAACACACUGCAUAAAGAGAAGGACCAUCUUGUAAAUGAUUAUGAGCAAAACAUGAAACUGUUACAAACCAAAUACGAUGCUGAUGUAAACCUUCUAAAACAAGAACAUGCUCUUUCAGCUUCUAAGGCAUCUAGUAUGAUUGAAGAAUUAGAACAGAAUGUCUGUCAAUUAAAACAGCAGUUACAGGAAUCAGAACUUCAAAGAAAGCAACAACUAAGGGAUCAAGAAAAUAAGUUUCAAAUGGAGAAAAGUCAUUUAAAACACACCUAUGAAAAAAAGGCUCAUGACUUGCAGAGUGAACUUGAUAAAGGAAAAGAAGAUACUCAAAAGAAAAUUCAUAAAUUUGAGGAAGCUUUGAAGGAAAAAGAGGAGCAGCUUACUCGUGUGACUGAAGUUCAGAGGUUGCAGGCCCAGCAGGCAGAUGCCGCUCUGGAAGAGUUUAAGCGGCAGGUGGAACUGAACUCAGAGAAAGUCUAUGCUGAAAUGAAAGAGCAGAUGGAAAAAGUGGAGGCAGAUCUAACUAGAUCCAAAUCUCUUCGUGAGAAACAAUCAAAGGAGUUUUUAUGGCAACUGGAGGACAUCAGACAGCGGUAUGAACAACAGAUAGUAGAGCUGAAGCUGGAGCAUGAACAGGAGAAGACGCACCUAUUACAGCAGCAUAACGCAGAGAAGGAUAGCCUAGUCCGAGACCAUGAACGGGAAAUUGAAAACCUGGAAAAACAGCUUCGCGCUGCCAAUAUGGAGCACGAAGAUCAAAUUCAGGAGUUCAAGAAACGAGAUGCACAGGUUAUUGCCGACAUGGAAGCCCAGGUUCACAAGUUGAGAGAAGAACUGAUCAAUGUGAACUCACAGCGGAAACAGCAGCUGGUAGAGCUUGGUCUUCUUCGUGAAGAGGAAAAGCAAAGGGCUACAAGGGAACACGAGAUUGUUGUCAACAAACUGAAGGCUGAAUCAGAAAAGAUGAAAAUAGAGCUGAAAAAGACUCAUGCCGCUGAGACAGAGAUGACACUGGAAAAGGCCAACAGCAGGCUGAAGCAGAUCGAGAAGGAAUACACUCAGAAGCUUGCCAAAUCUUCACAGAUCAUAGCAGAACUUCAGACAACCAUUUCCUCUCUGAAAGAGGAGAACAGCCAGCAGCAGCUUGCUGCAGAAAGGCGGCUCCAGGAUGUUAGACAAAAGUUUGAAGAUGAGAAGAAGCAGCUGAUUAGAGAUAAUGACCAAGCAAUCAAGGUAAUCUGAAGACUUCAGUAACCAGUGGUACCAGCUGCUUUAAUGUAAUUAAAAGGAGGGCUGAAAUCCCAGCAGUGGGCAGAUGAAUGCGGGUAUCUGGCUUGUUCACACAGCCUGCAGUAAUUCCAUUCACUGGACUCUACCUUUGAUGUAUCCAGUGACUCAGGGUGACUUCCCUCGAAGAGAUCGCAUGCCAGCAUAAACAGUCAUUUUUGGCAAGCCCAGUCCAUUCACAUUGAACAGAUAUUUUAAAAAUACCCUGUCCUUUCUCUUGAGAACCACUUUGGAACUGUCUCUUGAAAUUAGAAUGACUGUUUGAGCCUAGCACUGCCGGCUGUUAAAGUCAGAAGUCAGCUUCCAAUUUGCAUUCUGUUCUUUGCCCACAUCCUUUCAUUAUGUAUUCGCAUAAUGAGAAAUAACCUGUUCGAAGCUUGGAAUGCCAACCAUUUGAUGUGCUUCGACACAGUACAGGAAAGAUGUGUUUUUGCUGAGAAACUAGGUUGUUUCCAAAUGACUUCAGAGAAUCACACCCUUAAUAGCAACAGAAAAUUCCCUGGACCCCGAUUCUUUCGGUGAUAGGCAGUUAGAUCUCCAAGUAGUUUUUUCUUGGCUUCAUAGCAGUGAAUAUUAUUGUAAGUGUCUACAUCAUACUGGAUUUAAUCUGUGAGGAUAAGCAUCUGGAAACCUUUAUAAAUAAGGCUUAAAAGAGAACAAAAAAAUUUUAAAGAAUUCCCAGCAAAAGAUUAUUUUUCAGCGACUUUAGUUUGACAUAACAAUACUCAAAGAGUGUAGAGUCAUCAUACAAAGCAAAGAACGAUAGAAGAAAAAUUUGGGUUUUAUAGCUGCCCUUUCCUGCCUGACCUCUGCAUCUUCUUUUUCUAUAGCCUAUUGCAGGCAAUCUGAGUAACGUUGGGAAGAGUUAGUGUUAAUGUCAGUUGCUUUUUAUGUAUUCCCUUUAAGCUGAGACAACAGUAGACAGAAUAAAAAGCCUUAACAGAUGGACAAAACCUUCAAGGCCUUUACAUCCGGCCUCCUCACUUUACCAGUGAGGACUUAUUUUUUUGUUAAUGACAUUUUUCCUAUAUAUUUCCACCUGCAAGCUUAAUUCCCCUACCUGUGUUAUGGAGACCAAAAAAAAAAAAAAAAAAAAGAUUUUUUUUUCAUAUUCUAGUGGUUUAGAAACAUCUUUCAAGUUUUUUUUCAAUUACAAAUGUACAGGAAGCGCCCCCAUUGAUCUGUGUAACAGAUCUCGCUUCACAUAAAUUGUGUUGCAUAUUUUGUUUAAAUUGUUUUAGUUCUAUAAAAUUUCCAUAUUAGGUGGAUUUCUUUUUCACUUUAUGUCCAAAUACCAAGUGAUAGGUAAUAUCCAAAUUUUAAAUGAACAAUCAAAUCUCAAUAUAAGCAAAAAUGGAAAAUAUUAAUGUACUCCUGACAACGUAGUUCUGGUAGUUACUUGAU